CAAAGAUCAUAUAUCAUCCUCUCAUUUAAAAAUUAGCUGUUCAACUGAUAGAAAUUGUGCUGAAACCGCAAAGACAAGGCGUAUCUCUAAAUAGCCGUUGUAUUCGGGAGUCUGUCAGAACCAGAAUUUUUAAGUUCAGGCACAGACCAAAACAAAAAAUAAGAAAAAAAGUUUUAUUUUCUUUAUCCCCCUUUUUAGUACAGUCGAAAUGUUGAGGCAUUGCCGACAUAAACUUGCUUUCUCAAAAUCAUGUUGGUAUACGUCUGCCUUAAAAAACCUCAUGUCUAGUAAAGAAGUACAACAGAAACCAUGGAAACACCAGUAUCGUUCAAACUCAAACGCGGCCUCUUCCUUGCAGACAAUUUCUACUGACGAAAUUCAAACCACUUUUGUGGAACCGUCCCCAUUGCUUCCUAUUACACCAUUGCAAACGACACAGAAUGAAUGUAAGCCAGAAGUUGGAAAAGUAGUCAUGCUGGAGAAAUUCCGUCGUUGUUCUGUUAAUAGGUCUUAUGACGGACACCGUUGUGAACGACUUGUUAAAACAGACCCCACACUCCCCCUUACAGAUCAAGUGCGUUGCUAUAAUCAUGACAUGUCGAAAAGCAAACAAGCCAAAAAAGCCGCUCAACUGAAAGCCGUCCAACUUAAAGCCGUAAAAAAAAUAGCCAAUCAACAAAACUCCAGCAGGAAUCGAGCGUCUGAAGAAAUAAUCAAAGCUCUUAUACAACAAUACAGUCCUUCCAUACUGGGCAGAAAAAAAAUUAUACCACCCAAAAAGCUUUAUGAUUGCUGGGACUGUAAAUAUAUAUUUUUCUUUAAAAAAAAGGGAUCAUUCGUUAUAGCAGUUGACAGUUUUUUUUUUUUUUUUUUUUUUUU